GCCAGCUUCGUAACACCCCCGCAAGGAAAUGGAUACUGCGCAAUAAACAUCGCGACGGCAUACUGUGCAGAAAAAAACGCUUUUCUGGUGCUGCAUUUGUGCUUAGUCUUAAAAGAAGACUCCUGGACGAACAAGAAAUAUAAUAAAUGAAAUCGGACGAAGUCGUAUCCUUGAAGAUGUUGGCAAUGCUUCAAGCAGUCCUAUGUCCAAUACACGCAGCAGCGGUUGAGAGGAUUGGGUGACACUUCCAUAAUCAGGCUUUCGACGUUGUAUCUAAAAAAGCAGUCACCCGUGAGGCCACUUCAUGAAUACCUUCGAUACACCAGGAAGUCAUCAUAUCUAGUUGCCAAUGAUUAAUGACGUUGUUCCCCACAAUGCGGGCAGAACCCCCAGUCUUGCGCCAACCGGACUUGUAUCGUGCAACGCUCGCGAUUGGUCCCCAAACAGCACCUUGUAUCCGAAUCCCAUGCGAAUUGCUUCGUUGUUGGUCUUGAAGAUAUAUGCAACCUGUGAACCUGGCGGCGUUAUACUCACUCAUGGGGACCGACGGCUUGCAAGACGACAUGCGUGUAUGUUGUACGCUCUGCCGAAUAAUUCCUCUUGUCAGCGCUCGCGAAGCGUCGACAAGUUCAGUGUCGAUCGUCGGGGACGCCGAGCUUGCGUCUCGUCUCGUUUACUGUGACCGACUCCGUGGUCGGAUUCAUAUUAACCAAGCUCGCUUGGCGGAGGACAUGCCAAGGCUGUGUACAUGAACCAACUGGAAAGCACUUUAUCGUACUUAUUGUG